AUGUUCAUAUCAUGCCCACGGCGAAACGGCUUACAACGUUCUCCCAACCAGCUUGCCACCACCCUACAACACCGCACCAAGUUCCAGCAGCAUCAAGCCCGUCUCCUCGAGCAGCAUCGUAGUCUCGACCUCGGAACACAGCAGUGCAGCCAGUCCGGCCGUGUACUCAACCAAGCAUCCCAAGUCUUCAAGCAGCACCGCGGCCUCGACGUCAACCUCGACUAUCUACCCAACUCAACCCCCAAAGUCCGCGAGCACUCCGCCACCUCCGGUCCAACCGAAACUACCUCGACCAGCUCUACUGCGUCCAGUUCAUCUGAAACCAACUCAACCUCCACCUCCACGACUUCGACCACCGUUGUCAGCAGUACGAUGACCUCAAGCACUACCACAUCCACAAGCCCUACAGCUACCAAUGUUGUCCAAAAUCCUGGAUUCGAAGAUAACGGCGGCACCACAGGACUAUGUAACGUACACCACUUUGUGGCCGGGUUUGCCGAUGUGUUCACCCUGGCCCUCUCUUGUACGCCUGGUUUUGUAGUUUCCCUCACGGUGGGCGUAGAUAACUUUGUCGUCACUCCAGUCUGA